UUUGUUAUUGGUUAAUAACAGAGAACAGUGACAGAAGUUAUGUUUGGAAAUACUUGUUUGGUUUUCUAUUAACUUCAAAAUACAUCUAGAUUUAAUGGAAAUUUAUUUAUUCAAUUGAAAUGGAAAUAACCAAAUCACAAAUUGCCAGGCUUGUUUUGGGUUAUUUGAAAAGUGAAAAUUGCAUUAAUGCCUUCAAUGAAUUUCUCAUUAAAUCACAGUAUUUAAAAUCUCAUGCUGUUUUUGUUAAGAAUGGCAAAUAUUUCGCUACUAGGGUUGGUGGUAAUACCUUGGAAGAUAUUAUAGCUGAAUAUUCAGAAGUGGCUUUAAUUAUUCAAGGAAGAUUGGAACAAACCAAUUAUUAUGAUAAAGAUCUUAGAAUGAAACUUCCGGAACAAUUAUUUUAUAUACUAGAUCAUAUUUCACGUUCAUCCUCCCCAAUACUUCCCGACGACCUGAACGCCACACCAAUCGAGUCUUUGCCAGGAAACUCAACAAAUAUUUCCCACAAUCCCAGUGAUAAAACCAAAGCAAAUUCUAAAGAUCAAACAUUAGCAGAGACUGAAAAGAGUACUUCUACAGAAUGUCAAAAUACAUUGCAUAUUUCACCGGGUUCAUCACAGAAGGGAGAAAAAAGAAGUUCUCUGACAGAACUUGAUAAUAAAAUAACGUCUAUUAAGAAGCAAGCAGAAAAGGAUCCAGUAUUUGACAAACUUCUGGAGGAAAUCAUAGGUGAUGAAACUGAUGCAUCUACCUUGGCCUCCAUCACUAAGAGUCACUUGAACAAGAAUCAAUCAUCAGAUAUCGUCGAAAUAUCAGAUAAUGAUAUGAACAAGAAAGACUCUAAUGAAUUAUUUAACAAAAAAACAUGCGAUACAUCCCAAUAUGACGUGAAAAAAGUAAAUAAUAAUCCGUCAGAUCUAUACAUCAGCAAGCCUGCUACUAUAUCACCUCAACAAAAUCAAUUUUAUUUAGCAAAUACCCAAGGACUUUUGAUGGUGCCCUCCCUAAUGAAUGCUCCUAAUUACAUAUUUCUGAAUAGCGGUCCAACAAGUACUACACCCCUCAAUAAUAUAGUGACAGAAACAGAACUAAUGAAAAUGCCCACUGUUAUUAUAGAGGAUAGUGCAUCCAAUCAGCAACCACUUUUGACAGUACCUCAACCUCAGAUGGCAAUUCAACAAUCACAAAUAUUAAAUAAUCAACAUCCGAUUAUGGUAAAUUCGUCCCAGUUAAUAAUGACAUCAAAACCAACUACAAUGACCUCACAAAAACCAAUAAUGUCAAUUACCUCCUUGAAUACAAUGAAUACAAAUAAUAAAAGUGUUAAAAAAAUUAAGACUAUAGCACCAAAAACGGAAAAGAUAACACUAUCAACGGCAGAUGGAAAUUUUUAUAAAGUUUUCGACGAAAAUCCAGAUCACAUGGUGUUGUCUAUCAAAGCACCGGAAACAACAACAUUUUGCAAUAAUUUAGAAUUAGACAAGUUGAAACAGCCAAUAUCCAACACGGUGGUGCUCUCCCCACCAAAGAAGGAAAAAUCUCCCUCUUCACCUAUAAAAAUUUCAACUAAACUCGAAUCGUCUCCAAAAUCUGAAAAAAGAAAGAAGACUGCUAAGAGCCUAUUCAAAGAUAGUAAAAAAAAACAAAAAGAGAAUGUUUGGGAUGCAGAUUUGAGGAAAUUAUUAGAGACAAGUCCAAUAUCUGGUAAGCAGCAAGAUGUAAGUGGUGGAGGGGAUAGCCCUGGCGAUACUACAUUUGAAGUGAGUGAUGAUAAAUUAGAUGUUUCUUGUGACGACGAAGAAUUGAAGAAAGGCGCGUUGAUGAUCGAAUCGGCUUUUAAAACUCCGGUAAAAAUUCCAAAAAUAGAGGAAAAGCAAAAAAUAGAGCAAACAGAGGAAAUUUCAAUUGAUGAAAAAGAGACUAUGGCCAUAUAUUCACCUAAGGGAAAAUCUGAACCGUUGGAACUCAUUGAACAGUGCAACCUAAAACCUGAAGAUCUAGGGAAUGAAGAAGAAAAAGUUAUCACUGAGGAGACAGAAGUUUAUUUGAGGAACUGUAAUGGACCUCCUAGAAUAAAAAAAAAAUGCAACCCAACAAAAACCAAUUCAGUAGUAGUAACAGUUGUUGAAGAAAAUAGUUUUACUGAAGAAGAAACAGUAAAUAAAAUACCAUCAUCGAAUGAAUAUGAAUCAAGAAUGGAAAGAAAUAUUAUACUACAAACCCCUGUAAAAGAAAAUUUUCCUAAAACUCCAGGUAAAUUUGAAAUAACUCCAUUUACGAAGGCUAUUGAGGAACAGUUGCUUGGAAUGGAUCUUCUUUCUUUACCUACUCCAAAUAUAACAACUCCAAGCUUCCCGAUUACUCCAAACAUAAAUUUAAAUACUCCUGAACAACAUUCCAAUAGGCCUACAGAUUAUUCCACUUCUAGUUCUUAUUAUCAACCUUCAGACCCUGAACAAAAUAAAUCACUAGAAAUUAUGAUGGAAGAAUAUCGAAGACAAGAAAGGGAGAAGGAAAACCCAAUUAAAACAGAAGAAAAUACCAUAACCACAAAAGAAACUGAAGUUUCUCAAGGGCCUGUGUUGUCAGAAAUAAAGAAGACAUUCAAUAACAGUGUAAUUGGCAAGAAAAAUUUGAAUUUGAUUAAAGAAAAAAAUUAUCCUUGUUCAGAAGAUGCAGAAAAUUCUGAUAGCAGUGAUAGCAGUAGUAGCAGUAGUGAAAGUAGUAGCACCAGUGAUUCAGAUUCAGAUGCCUAUCAUACACCAAAAAAAGCUACCAAUAGUUCUCGAGAAUCGUACUGCUUCAGGAAGAGAAAUACUCCUAGCUCAAUAGUAAUAAAUGAUGAAAGCAACAAAAAAUCAAAGUCAUCAUUGACUAGGACUCCCAACAAAGAAAUGGAAUCUAUUCAACGGAAAAAUACUGAAAGGAAGGAAAAUACUCUGAAAAGGGAUAGCACAAAUACUUUAAGUACCACUAGAAGAAGAAAUCCUCCAAGAACAAAAUCUGGCAAAUUUUGCAAAAUAAAAACUGAACCAAAAAUGUCUCCCAAAGGAAAUGAGCCGUUGCUUGUAGAAAAAUGCGAUUAUGAAAAUGAAAUAACUGAUGAUGAUUUUGCUUUGCAUUUAAGUACCGAUGAGGAUAGUACUAACAAAAUUACCAAUGAUGUGGGAGCACAUAAAAAUAAAGAAGAAAGUACAACUAUAUCACCACAGCAAGUGCAACAACCACCUGGUGAAAAAGCAAAGCAAUUGAUUAAAGACUUAUAUGAAAGAGGGAUUCAUUUAUUGCCUAAAGUAUCACCGAAAAAACCAUCAGAUUCUUCAUUAGAAGUUGAGAAAAAAAGUGAUUUUGAACCUGAGAUUAAUUUGAACGCUCUUGAAGAUCUUGAUGUUAGUUCUGAAGACAACUUUUCAUGUGGAAAUAAUAUGGAAGCAGCAUCCGAUUCAUUUCCAAUUCAUAAUCGUGCAAAUAUUGCGUUUGGCAUUAAGGAGGAUUAUUGUACAAAUGUUGUUGUUUCUUCUAGCAAAAAAAGAAAAAAGCAAGGUGGUGAUUUUAAUUUAUCAGGUAAAAAGCUAAGUGUGGAAUUGUUCAUGGAAACACUCGAUACCACUAAAGAAGUGAUAAUCGAAAUUUUACCUGUAGAUACAAUAAUUGACAUUUUACCAAAAAAAAAUAUCUCUAGAAAUAGGAAACAUUCUAAACCGGAAAGUAAACCUCUAAUUUCGAAAGUAAGUAAAACUUCAAACAAGAAACAGCUGGAAUCAAAAACUAAUUCAGAAAUUGAUAAUAAUUCCACCAAAAAAAUUGAAAAAAAACAAGGAAGUUCAUCCAAGGAGAUGAAAAGUAAUAAGGAUUCAAAAGCGGAAAGUAAACCCCAAAUUUCUAAAGUAAGUACAACUGCAAACGAGAAACAGAUGGAAUCAAAAACAAAUACAGAACUGGAACCUAAGUAUACCGAAAAAAUUGAAAAAAAUCGUGGUAGUUCGUCAAAGGAGUCGAAAAAGAAUGAUGGGUCUGACAAUAAAAAUGAAAAACCAGAAAAUGUUGUAUCUAUGAGCCAGAAAAAAUCUAACUCAAAAAAAUUAAGAAGAAGUUAUAGUACAAAUGAUACAAAUAAGGAAAAGAACAAAAACAAUAGGAAUAGCAACAAUAAAAUUUCCGAAAUUAUAUUAGAAAGGACGAAAAGUGUAGAAGAAUCUGUUAUGGAAAGGUUGCAAAAUGAUAAAGAAGAAUUACCGUCCAUGGAGAGUGGAGAGGAUGAUUUGAUGAAUUUUGCAGUGAUAGGAAAUUCAACAGAACAAGGGAAAGAAGAUGCAUUGAAAAGAGGAGAGAAGAGAAAAUUGAGUUCAGAAGGAGAAAACCGACUUUCUGAAAAAAAACCAAAGAGUGGAAAUGAAGAAAAACAAGAUCUCCUCCAGAAGAUCAAUGUAGAUUUAUUCCUUAAUCAAGUGCAUGGAUCUGCAGAGCCAUCAUGAAUAUUAACAAUUAUUAGUUUUUCUGAUCUUUAUUUAUAUAUGUUAAUUAUUAUUUUUUCUUUAUGGAAGUUUAAGUUCUGUAAAUUGACCACUUCCCUACUUUUUGAUAAGAAUGUUUUUUAUUGUUAAACAAAGAUUGUUGAGACUGUAUAAAUAGAGUAAAAUUCAUUAUGUUUAUAAUUUUUUUGGUAUAAGAAGAACUUGUAUUGUAAGCCUGUGAUAUGCUUAUCAACUCUGAUGUUGAACUUUAUUAUUAUGUAGAUAGUAUAGUUUUCUAGUGUUUCAUAAUUUUAAGUUGUAAAAUAUACAAACUAAAUGGAAAGUAAAUUUUCAUACACUUACAAUACUUUUAAAAUGAAA